AUGUCUGUGGAAACAACGAACUUCGAAUUUUCGAGGAUUUGUAUUACGCUGCAAUCGGAUGAGAAGAAACGAAGAAUACAAGGUUUAAUAGAAAUUCUAAAGAUAUUAGAACUACCACAAUCUGAAAGUGAAAUAUUAAAAUUAUGGGAUAUUGUGAACAAGUUUUUAUUGAGACUUUUAAAUGAUUCUUCAGAAAUAUGUCGCGAUCAAACAUUGGAAAUUAUCAAAUUAUUUAUACUUAAUUUAACGCCUAAUGAUAAAUAUGUUAUGUAUUUGCUUCCAACUUUAUCAAGAAGAUUGGGUUCUCAAGAGCAAAUAGAAACAUCAGAGGAAGUUAGACUGAAAUGUAUUAUAUUAUUAAAACAGAUAAUAUUAAAAUAUAAUAACUUAUUGGCAUCAUACAUAGACGACUUAGUAAAAAUUUUAACACAUACUAUAGUGGAUAAUUAUUCACUAAUUAAAAGAGAAAGUUGUAAUUGCAUAUCUGAAUUCGCUAAGAAUUUAUCAAAGUAUUUUUAUAUGCAAUCUGAGAAAUUUGUGAAGCCAAUUUUAAGUAAUUUUACACAUCAACAUUUUAGAGUUAGAAUUGUUUCCAUUAUAACAAUAGGAGAUUUAAUUCAAUAUGGAAACAGUAAAUUAAUAGAAGAUGUAGCUACACCUUUAGCAGAAAAAUUAUUUGAUCAAAAUGGGCUUGUUAGAAUAGCUGUAAUAGAGGUAGCAGGUUGUUGGCUUUUAAAACUAAAGGAUCGAUAUAAUUGGUGGCACAAAAUCCUUCCACUACUUUUAACAGGCCUUCAUGAUGAGCUCAAAGAAAUCAGAGAAAAAGCUACAAAUUUUUGGAAUGCUGUUGGACAGUUAUACAUGAAAGAAAAUGAAAAUGACCAAAAAUUCAAAGAUAAAAUGGAUUUUCUUACCGACAAUCCUUCUCAUUAUCCUAAUGUUGUCAGACCAAAUAUAGGAUGUCGUGUAAUAGCACAGCAGACUUUCAGUAAAUUGAUAAAUGGAAUUAGUUUGGAAUUAGGAAAUUGGAUGGCAGAUAUAAGAGUACGAUCUGCCCAGUUACUUUGCGUAUUCAUAUUGAAUGUGGAAGAAGAUGUAACACAACACAUUCAAAAACUUUUACCACCUAUGUAUCGGGCUUGCAAUGAUGAAGAUGAUAGAGUUGUAGAAAAUAUUGAGAGAGCAGCAGAAUAUUUGGGAUAUUUUGUGCAACCAAAAACUUGUUGCCACUUAAUACUUCCUACUCUGGAAGAUACUCCAUCUACAGGACAUUUAAGAGUAUUUGCUGCAAUUCUAAAAGGUAGCAAGCGUUCUGCGCUUCUUCCAUUAUUAAAGGAGAUUGGACAAUUUUUAGAGCAACCACAUAUUUGUCAAAGUAAGAAAGGAGCAUAUCAAAAACAAAUACUUUGUUGCUGCCAUUCUCUACUUUUAGUAUGCGAAAAGGACUGUAAGCUUAUAACAAAAGAUUUAUUCAUAGCAAUAUUUACUGUCCUAUCCAUGACAAAAGAACAUUCUAUAGAACUAGAAGCAAAAGAAUUAUUAAAUACUCUUGCAAAUAUUAAUUCCUUUAAUACUGUUGAAGAACUUUAUUCUGAAUAUAUUGGGCAUUUAAUUUCAUCAUUUUCUGACUACAAGUCAUGGACUAUACAUAGCCCUGGGUCUCAAAUUCUUUGUGCAUUUUUCAUUCACAUCAAAAUAAUUUUCACUUUUGAUUUGGAGAUUAUUUUAGCAAUUCUAAAAAGUACCAUGGGAAAUGAUGCUGACCCUGAGAUGAGACUAAAAUAUUUCACUCUAUUAUCAGAUUAUUUUAAUCGAGAUUCCUCAAAUAAAAUUAUGGAUCCAAAAUUUUGUAAUCAAUUUCUGGAAGACUGUAUACUUCCUGGAUUAAUCUGGACUGUAGGAAGGGCUGCUGAAGCCAUACGCACUGCUGCAGUAUCAUGUUUAUGUGCUUUCUUAGAAAAAUAUGAAAAGACUCUAUUGAUGAAAGGAACACAAUGUUUGAAUGAACAAGAUAAUUGUCUGGAACUUGACAAAAUAAUUCCAGUUUUAAUUAGUCUCACAGAUGAUAAUUCUAAAAAAAGUAGAUUUUAUUCCUUACGAGCUAUGUAUUUGGUAAUGUCCAUUAGAAAAAGAUUUCAUCUCACUGAGGACUAUAUACAUAAAAUUUAUCCUGUACUAUUAAAAAGACUCGAUGACGGAUGUGAUGAUAUUAGAUCAGCAUCAUUAGAAGCUUUAGUAAAACUUUGGAAGGCUAUACCUAAGAAUUACAAUUUAGAUUUUAACAAAGGGCAUAUAGAUAUGUUAUAUACUUCUACUAUAAUAUAUUUAGAUGACCCAGACAGCGAAUUUCAAAGUGUCAUAUUAGAUAGUUUAAAAGAAUUAGCAAGAGUGCAUCCAGAACUACUCUAUCAAAAACUUCAGAAUUGUAAAACAAAUUUUAGGAAUCAAGAGGGUAUUGAUACACUUUUGGAACACUGUUCAUGUAUUUUAAGAAAUAAUUAAUAUUAAUAAAUAAUGUAUGUAGAAAAUAGGAACGUGUAAUUAGUUUUGUAGAUAUUUGUAUAUAUAGUAAAAUCUUAAGUAACCAAAUCAAUUCGUUUUUUCCAUUGGCUGCCAUAAGUGAAAACAACGGAAGUGACUCAUCCUGUAUAUAGUAUACUAGUACAUACUAUACAUCUUUGUAUAUAGUAUACAAAGCAUACGAAGUACUCUCUCGUA